AGCUCUGACCUCUCCUAGCUCCCCUCCUUCCCCGAUGGCCGCCGCCACCAUGAUUCCGUCUACCCUUGCCGAGUGCGACGGCUACAACGAGGCCUUCCUCCUCGAACUGCGGUGCCACAUCACCAACCGUCCCAACGCCACCACCGCCUGGGGCGCCACGAGCAGCCGCGUGCCGAUCCAGGUGACCUUCCACGCCACCCAACCGCCGCUCCCCUCCUACCUGUGCGUCCACUGUCCCGGCCUCGACUUCCACCGGUCUGCGCCCCGGGUCGUCGCCACCGACGCGGACCUCGUGCUCCUCCGCAUCCCCAUCAACCCCAACGCGCCCGACGACGUAAAGUCGUGGGACUUCUUCUUAUACAGGCCGCGAGCCCAUAAGCUGAACCUGCUCCCCAACCCGCACCCCAGAAGUUUCCACGACUCCGCAACCGCCCUCCUCAGCCGCGAUAGCGGUGCCUGGUACGCCGUCGCCGCCAUCAGCAAUUGGUCCCCGGUGUAUGAGAGUGAGACCGAGAGCAGCAGCGACGCGCCCAUUAUCAGGUGGGAAUUCCAGCUCCACCUAUACCGCUCCUAUUCGUGCGACUCCGAGGCUUGGAUCACCAUGCCCAUGUCAGUGGACGAGCUUGUGAGGGACAAGCUCGUCCCACUGCCGGACAGCCCGGUCUGCAAGAAGCGGUACCACGAGACGGCCAAGACGAUCACGCUCGGCGGCGAGCGCGGCACGGUCGCCUGGGUGGACCUCUGGCGCGGCAUCCUCCUCUGCGACGUGCUCGUGGAGCGUCCGGUGAUAGUCCAAGACAUCCCGCUGCCCGUGCCAGCAAGGGAAAACUGGGGUCGUCUCCUUUGGCAAUUGGAUCCAAACUAUAUCCGGGACGUCGCCAUGAGUAGACACAAGGAUACCAUCAAGUACAUUGAGAUGGAGAUCUGGACACCAAGAAUGCUGCAUAAGGACCCUGAUUCCUAUCUGGAUUGGGUGCGAUGUAAGCCGAGCGUCUCCCAGGUCACCCCUGGUGGCUGGAAGGCCAAAACAUGGAGCUUGGCAAUACCGCCGGUCGGUGCCGGUUCAUUGGCAGACUGGCAGCCUGACUUGGAAAUUGGAGUCGAACAUUGCAACAUUGAUGACGAUGACCUACUGAGCGACAGCGACAGCGGCAGUGACGCCACGCUGAGAUUAGAGAAACUUCGGAUGGCGAUGGCAAACCCGAGUAGACCCACCAUAAGCAUAUAUGACAGCCAUAUUGUCUACUUCAUCUCUAGCAUCAAACCUGAAGGCAUGGAAAAAUUGGAGAUGCUGAUUGCUGUCAAUGUGAGGAACAAAAUCCUGCUAGGAGUUGCACAACGUGCUGCCCAGAAGAACAUCAAUCCCAUGCCCGCCUUCCUCACCAGUGAGAUCUGCACAUAUCUAAGCAAGAGUGCAGGCACAUCAGUACAACUCAAACGGACUGAAAAAGAAGCUGUUAAGCCAACUCACAAAAAGGAGGGUAAACCAACCAGGGUGCAAGUGGACGAACGGACCGGCAAAACAAGGCCGCCUGUGAACCCAGGGGUAAUGAAUACCUUGGAGCACAGCCUGAGGCGACUUGGUGAGCAGAUGAAGGAUGCGGAAACUGGCGAUCAAGGAGCUUGUUGAAUUGAUCUAUGAGAAAUGAGAGUUAUGCCAAAAAUGAUUAUCUGGAUUGAUUUAUGUGGAACUUGUGUAGCCUCGUCUCCAUUCGGUUUUUUUUUGCGACCAAUGUUUUUCAUGUUUUCGCUUGAUUCAGUAUG